AUGUCCAUGUCACUGAUCUCGCUCCUCAGCCGACGCGCGCGCUUCAAUCCCAGUCGCAGUCGCAUGCCCGUCGCGCUCAGACAGCUAUCGACACUCCCGAACACGCACAUCUUCCGCGCGCUGCAGAACCACGAUCCGGACAGUCUAGCUGUGGUUCAUAGUGUCUCCGCCCGCUCCUUUACGUAUGGGAGUCUAGUGGCCGACGUCGUUGCGGCGAAGGAGGACCUCGAGCGCAAAGCUGCCAACGCCAACGCCAACGCGCAGGGUAAAUUGGCUGGUGAGCGGGUUGCGUUUCUGGCGGAGAAUAGCUAUGACUACGUAGUGACGCUAUUGGCGAUCCUUGCGAGUGAUGCUAUUGCAUUGCCGUUGUCGCCUUCUUUCCCGUCAGCGGAGUUGAAGUAUAUUCUUGAUAAUUCGCAGGCGAAGGUGUUGCUUGCUACCGAGAAGUAUGCGGACAAGGCUAUGGAAGUGCUGCGUCAGGGAUUGGAUCGUGAGCCUAUAUUGAAUGUCCGCAAGAAGUUGUUAGAGGGUGCUGUUCGGCAAAGGGUCACCCUGGAGGAGGCCAAGAAGCCUUCUGGAGGAAUGAUGCUAUACACAUCUGGCACGACCAAUCGACCAAAAGGCGUACUCAUCCCACUAUCGGCACUGGCAGCUCAAGCCUCGUCGCUCUUACAGGCGUGGAACUACUCCCCCGAUGAUCGCCUCCUGCACUUACUACCACUGCACCACAUCCACGGCGUGGUAAACGCAAUCGUGGCACCGAUAGUAGCAGGUUCAUCUAUCGAAUUCAUGUAUCCCUUCAACACCGACCAAGUCUGGAAACGCCUCGCAGCACCAUUCCAAUCCGACACCAGCAUCACCACCACAAACAACAAUUCAUCCAAAAUAACCUUCCUAACCGCCGUCCCAACAAUCUACAAUAGACUCCUAACCACAUUCCCAACCCUCCCCCAAGAAACCCAAAAAGCCGCCAAAGAAGGAAUCUCCCCCUCAAACCUCCGCCUAAACAUCUCCGGCUCAGCCGCCCUCCCAACACCCACCAAAACCUCCUGGUCAAAUCUCAGCAACGGCAACAUCCUCCUGGAACGCUUCGGCAUGACCGAAGUCGGCAUGGCAAUAAGCUGCGGGCUAGACAACCAAGACCGGGUCGACGGCAGCGUCGGCUGGCCCUUACCCGGCGUAGAAGCGCGUCUAGUCGACACAGAGAACGGGCAGGUCAUACCCGUUGGACAGGAACUCGACUCCGAAGGGCGACAACGCGAAGGCGAGAUCCAAUUACGCGGCGAGACUAUCUUCAGUGAAUAUUGGGGCAACGAAAAGGCCACACGGGAGGCAUUUGUUACUGACAACCGUGGCGGAGAAGAACAGGGAGAAAGAGAAGGGGAUGCCACAAGCAAGAAAUGGUUUUGCACCGGCGAUGUCGCAACAAGGAAGAUUGUCCAGGGCGCUGGAUCCGGCGCCAGUGGCGACUGGGCCAAGGGACCCAUGUAUUUCAUCCAAGGGCGGAAAAGUGUCGAUAUCAUCAAGAGUGGCGCCGAGAAGAUCAGCGCGCUGGAGGUUGAGCGGGAGUUGCUUUCACUUCCGCAAAUAGUCGAAGCAGCCGUCGUCGGCCUCCCAUCCGAAAAAUGGGGACAAAAAGUCGCUGCUAUCGUAGUCCUCCAUCCCGAAGCUGCUUCUUCAGGUCGGAGUGGGAAAUCAUGGGGUCCAAUGGACAUGAGACGGGCGUUGAAGGAUUCUCUGGCUGCUUUUAAGAUCCCGUCUGAGAUGAAGGUUCUAGAUGCUAUUCCUAGGAAUGCGAUGGGGAAGGUUAAUAAGAAAGCUCUUGUCAAAGAGGUUUUCGAUGUUUGA